UCUCUCUCUCUCUCUCUCUCGUUUAUAAGAUUACAAGUACUUAAGUACCCGAUCACAGAGGACCCUUCGUUCGUGGUAGACGAGGGGAAGGCGAAUUCGAAACUGCUCUUUCCUCGAGAACGUCGUCGACAUCGUUGGAAAACGUAUUCCGAAUUGGGAGAGCUCGCAUCCUUCUCAAUGUCGUUGCGGUUGAUGGAAAAUAUUUCGGUCGACGUGGAAGACUCGCGGAGAAAAAGAGAAGGACAGGAAGAAGCGAGUUAGAGAAGCCAAAUGGGGUGGGGGAGAGAAGAGUAGGGAGGAAUGAACGGUGUUUAAAAUUCCCGUGAGGCUUCGCGGUUUCGCGCUUCUCACAGAGGGGGGUACGAGGAGAGUUUCGUUCGUGGGGAGCCAGUGGGGGUUCGAGUUCGGAGUCGGCUCCACGAAGGGGUGGUUGGAGAGUCGAUGGAGAGGCGUUGGAGAGCCGCUGGAGAGGCGCUGGAGAAAGGAUGCCAAGGAAAGCGAGGAGAAGGGCUUGCGCGUUCGAAGUCGACAGAUUGCCGUGGGGACAAAUAGAAGUGUAUCCAGUCGCCAAACGCGACGAGGCGAAUUUCGGAGAUCCAUAGAUCGCUAUUUCGGCAUUGCGAUCUUCAACGGAAGAAGAUCGAAGAAGGCGCACGUAAGGCUGGAUUUUGAAGAAAGUAAACAGAAAAUUUGUCAUCGAGGACAGUUCGAAGAUGACGACAACUACGGGUGAUCCAUCGACUUUGAAGACGCCAGCCUCGUUGUCGGGAGGUGAUCUUGUCUCUCGUCUAUUGGCAGCGACACCACCGUACUUGUACAAUGUACCGCUGACACCUCACAGUUUUUUCUUCAGUGAAAUGUUGAGAUCGUUUGUUCAAGCCAAAGCCGAAGCCACGUCUUCGACAGCGAACGGUACUACCACACCGAGACGUCGUAAGAGAUCAUGGCGAGACGCUCGUGACAGGCCACUCGAACUUACGACGAAGGAGAAAACGCAUCAUCAUCAUCAUCAUCAUCACCAUCAUAAUCAUCAUCAGUCUCAACAGGACAAAUAUUACCAUGGACAAGCGCAACAGCUGUCUCAGCAACAACUAGAUGCUCGCUUGGAGAACAGAACGAAACAGAGCGAAACUUACGAGACGGAUAACAAGGUUAACGUGUUCGAACAAAAAGUAAGCUUCGGUGGAGAUAUUUUGAAGUCGGUCGACGAGACCAAAUCGGAAUUUGUGAAACAGAGUAAGAACUUUUUCGACGAACGGCCCUGUCACUUCGAGCAAUCUCACUCGCCGGAAACUAUUUUUCCUUCGGCCGAAUUACAAAAAGUUAAGCCGGAAGAACAACAACAGCAGCAGCAACAGCAACAACAGCAGCAGCAACAGCAGCAGCAGCAACAACAACAACAACAGCAGCAGCAACAGCAACAGCAACAACAACACGGCGAUCGUAAAAAUUGUAAUUAUGGCGAUAGAAAUGGUUACGACGAACGCUCAAAGAAUACCGUUACCGUUCCAGAUUUACCUUUACUCAACGAUCAGAAAAAGCUCGAUUUCUCGAGGAACUUCCUUCCAGGACUUUCUGGAAGAGGAUGCGAAGUUUUUCAAGGUGUUAAAGGAUUUGGUUUACCCGGUAACGUCUCAAAUUCCGAAUUUCUACCCAGUCCACUCUGGUAUCCGCCAUAUCCAAUGCCACAAUCUUAUCCUGGGAUAGAUCCCUUACACUUUUUCAUCGAUCUUCGUGUCUCUGGACAUAUAUGGGAUCGUAAGCUCAAUGAGAGGCAGUUACCUUUCAAAAGCAAGCACUGUUCGGCUUUUAGCGUUCCGCAAUCAAAGGAAUACGGUAAUCGCCCAUUGAAUCUCACAAGGGACGAAGCUAGUACGUCUAGAACCAUUGACGAAAAUCUGCAUGGCACCAAUUACAUUUUGAAGCAUCUCAGUAGGACAUACAGAGAUAUACAGAAAACGAAAGUUUCGAGGCAGGAGACGUCGGUAACGGAAAAUGACGAGAUUAAACAAGGACUAUCAGAAAGCGAAGACUCUUCGAAACAGGAAGACGCUAGUAAUUCCUCCGGAAGUAAAGAAGACGAGAGAAAGGAUCUACGUGCUGUAAUUGGUCUCGAAUUGGUGGUAGACUACGUAAAGGAACCAAAAGGUGACCCUUCGACCGAACAAGCCGCACGAGUUAACUCGGAAUAAUUUGUGAAAGUGCCAAAGGUGAUCUUUAGAUUCGUUCUUUACUAAUAAUUGUAAGAUAUUGCUAGAAUCAUCGACAAAUCUCCGGUUAAUAUUACAUUCGAAUUUUGUCUCUCGCGAUUAUCUUCAAAAAGAAAAGAAAAAAAAAACAAAAAACAAAAAAAAAGAAGAAAAAAAAAAGAAAAAAGGAAAAAAAAACCAGAAAAAAAGAACGAGAUUAAUAAUCUUAAACAUUUUUCAUCCCUUUCAACUUGAAAUAAAUCGCGUUAUCUAUUUAAACAGAAAUCUAUUAAUCGUCUCUAAUAUACUCGAAAGUAUAUCAUCUUGAGCUUUCGUUUGUUUACAAGGAAUAACGCAAAACCUCUCGUAUCUUUCCUUUUAAGCUAAUCACGGAGAAAUUAAUCGAUUAUCGCGACUUUAAUUAAGUCAAUCCCUAGUUAUAACAAGGAGGAUUUUUUUAGCUACCUCCAUUGGGACUUGAAAUGGUCCCUUUCCGAAUUCAAUUGUAUGUGAUAUGCACUGUAAAUAUGAUAGUAGUAUUCCGAUGUAUCUAUAUGUAUCAAUAGAGUAUGGAUAGAUUAUGAUGAACGUGUAAAUUGUCGUAAUAAAUCCGAUGUGAUUUA